GGGUGGGGCCCUGGCUGCUGUGGCCUCCCCUGACCCCCUCUCCCCGCUGCUGGGGUCCUCGGCCAAGCCCCCUUCUCACUGGACUGAGACAUGAGGCUGAGCUGGGUCCUGACAGUACUGUCCAUCUGCCUGAGCACCCUGGCCUCGGCCACGGGGGCCGAGGGCAAACGGAAGCUGCAGAUCGGGGUCAAGAAGCGGGUGGACCACUGUCCCAUCAAAUCUCGCAAGGGGGACGUCCUGCACAUGCACUACACGGGAAAGCUGGAAGAUGGGACGGAGUUUGACAGCAGCCUGCCCCAGAACCAGCCCUUUGUCUUCUCCCUUGGCACGGGCCAGGUCAUCAAGGGCUGGGAUCAGGGGCUACUGGGGAUGUGUGAGGGGGAAAAGCGGAAGCUGGUGAUCCCAUCAGAGCUGGGGUAUGGAGAGCGGGGAGCUCCUCCAAAGAUUCCAGGUGGUGCAACUCUGGUGUUUGAAGUGGAGCUGCUCAAAAUCGAGCGACGUUCAGAACUGUAGCCAGAGUGGGGAGGGGCAGGGAGAGAGGCCUUCAUCAGGGAC